CAGACCUUGCCCUGCUGGGCUGUAACAACAACUCUGACUCUGUGAAGCCUCUGGAGACGUGGCAGUGACUGCUCCGGGGACCCCACACUCUACAGGGAGCCGGAGCCAUGCGUGUGGCCAUCAUUGGGGCUGGGGUGAUCGGGCUGUCCAGUGCCCUGUGCAUCCAUGAGCAGUUCCAUGGCCUGGUGCCCUCCCUGGAGCUGGAGGUCUACGCUGACCACUUCACCCCCCACACCACCAGCGAUGGGGCAGCCGGGCUGUGGCAGCCCUACCUGAGUGACCACGGCAACCUGCAGGAGACGCUCUGGAAUAAAGAGACAUUCGAUUACCUCCUGGGCCACCUGCACUCCCCAGCAGCCAAGGAAAUGGGACUUUUCCUCAUUUCUGGCUACAACCUGUUCACGGAGCCCGUGCCGGACCCAUCCUGGAAGAACAUUGUGCUGGGAUUCAGGAACUUGACACUGAAAGAGCUUGAACUUUUUCCUGGUUACAGCUAYGGCUGGUUCAACACGGCGCUGAUGCUGGAGGGCAGGAGUUACCUGCCCUGGCUCACCAACAGGCUGAUGCAGAAAGGAGUGAAGUUUUUCCAUAGGAAGGUUGAGUCUUUCCAGGAGCUGUUUUCCCAGGGUGUGGAUGUGGUGCUGAACUGCAGCGGGAUGCGCUCAGGGGAGCUCCAGCCCGACCCGGAGCUGCAGCCUGGUCGGGGCCAGGUCAUCAAGGUCCUGGCCCCGUGGGUGAAGCAUUUCAUCAUCACUCACGACUUGAAAUCCGGGAUCUACAACUCACCCUACGUCAUCCCAGGGAGCGAGUUCACAGUCCUGGGAGGGAUUUACCAGCACGGCAACUGGAGCGAGGAGAACAGUGCCAAGGAUCACAAAUUCAUCUGGGACAGCUGCUGCCGGCUGCUCCCKGCUCUCCAGAAGGCGCAAAUCGUCGGGGAGUGGAGCGGUCUGAGACCGGCACGGCCCUCGGUCCGCCUGGAGCGGGAGAGCGUCCGGCUCGGGAAUGUCCAGGCAGAGGUGAUUCACAACUACGGCCACGGCGGCUUUGGGAUCACCAUCCACUGGGGCUGUGCCAUGGCAGCGGCGCGGCUCUUCGGGACCAUCCUCCAGGAGAAGAAGCAGCAGCUGCCCAGGGCCCCGGGGCCACGCUUGUGAGCACCUGCUGCCCUGCARGAUGUGACAACAGUAGCUUAGGAAUCACAGCAGAACGAUGGGAAUUGCACAGGGAUACACACACGGGCAGCAGCUCUGGCUUGCAGACAUUUUCCAGGCAGCUCUGCUCCCUCCACAGCUUUCCUGGAGGAMGGGCUUUCAAAUAUGGACUAAUUCUCCAUUUCAAAGUGCACCAAGUGCUGUCUGGGAUCAGGCUGCAAAGGGCAGGCAAGGUUCAGCUGAACCCUGGACAGUCCUGCAGUUCAUCUGCACCAGGGGAUGGGAUCUAAAACAGAGCUGGAGACACCUGAGGUCUCUGCUGGCUGCUCCAACACCCAGAGUGUAAUUAGAUUUACAGGCUGCUCCCCAGGAGGCAAAAGCUCCUUAGUAGGAAGAAGCUCUGAGGCUCCCAGGGAAGUUCCAGCAGCUCUGGAAGCACGUGCCUGGGUUACAGCAGUUUUCCUCACAUUCCUGCCGGGACAAAGCUYGGGCUGCAGCACCUGGUUUGUGUAGCUGGCACCAGACAGCAGCACUUGCCUAAAAUGGCCUUUCCAAACGAUGUUUUAGCAACAAAAGCAACUUGUUCCAGCCCUGUGGACUUGCCAGACUCUAUAUAUAGCAGAGAGCACAAGAAAAUAGCUCUUCUUGUCCCUAAAACUCCCAGGGGCCCCUCAGCUUCCCAUUUCUCCCAGCUGUGGGACACAGCUCAGASAGAGGGGCUGGCUUGGGAAGGGUUGUGCCUCCCAGAGGAGGAGCAGGAUUUUCUGGGGUGUUCAGGGAUGCUCCUGGGGACCCUGAAGAUACAGCCUGGCUGAUUUUUCCUUGCCCUGUGUCCUCCCUGCUCUACAAACCAUCCCAGACAGAGCGCUGGAAGCCUUGAAUCCAAAGGCUGUCUCGAGCCCAGCACAGUGCCUGGCUCACUCUCCCACGUGGAAAAACCAACUGUUUCUUACUCAUCCGUGAUGCAGCUCCUCUCUCCUSAUGACUCCAUGUGCCAGGAAUAGCUCAGCAGCCCGGGCAGUGCCUCGGGAAUGGGCGAUGCUGGAGCUCACCUCCGUGCUGUGCAGGAAACAGAGCUGGAUUUGGGAAACUGGGAGCCACUGGCAUGCCCAGUCUGCCCAAAGGAUUUCCAGCUUCCCUGGUAGCUCGCUUGAGAUGUUGCAGUCGCUGGGUAAAAUCAGGAAAAGAGUAGGAAAAGGACAACAAGGGCUGGAGAAAAUUCCCUGCUGAUUAAUUCUGAACCCAGGGGUCUGCGAUCCCACCUCAGGGGGUCCCCUUGGUUUCACUUAUUCCAAAUAUGAGACAUUCAGGAGCACGUUCUCUGCUGUAAAUCCAGCCCCAUGUAGGAGAUUUUGGGAAAAUUCCACUGCAAAAAAAAAAAAAAAAGGGGUGCAGGAAACCACCGUACACCUGGUGACAAGGAGCUGAUUAUUGUGAACUCAGAGCCUACAGGAGCCACUGCCCUGUGAUCUCACACGGCCUCUUGGCAGACAGGAACRAGCUGAGCUGUCAUUUUAUGUGCAGGUUAAUUCUGUUUGUCUUCCAAAGGCCGCAAUUUAAUCUGUGUGAACAAUAAAGGGAAAAUUCAAAUGGUGUGUGACGCUUUUUCCUCUUGGUGAUGGCACGGGUAGGGCCUCAAAUGCUGAUUCCAAAAAAAAGURAAGUUAUGACCCCUCCUAAACAUCCCCCAGAACAGCCAACAACUUAUUUCCUGAAAAAACUAUUUAUUUGUUUAACAUAAAAUAUCUAAUGUGGACUUCAACUCUCUGAUGCUGCGUUGGGAACAGGAACCAGAGGAGUAUUUUACAACAAGCUUGAGAUACACCGAGUUUUUCAACAUUAAAAUGUAAAUCCAGCUUAGAAACUGUACAUUCAGACACGGAAACAUUCACUGCUCUUUCGGCAA